CUCAUCGAUGGCGGGCUACCUCAAGUUGGGAGUUGAAAUUCCAAAUUUGUCGGUGGUCAAUUAGUGCCUUUGGAAGCUUAGCUGAAAUUCCAUGUACUCCCAAAUCCCAGUGAUCCUUUAUUCUUCAAACCUCGGUAGAUUUCCGACAAAUUUCUGGGAGAUAACACAGUCCAAUUAUAAAUAAACACUGUACAGAGACAGCAGCACACAGCAGCACAGAACCCUCGUGGCAGUUGAAGUACGGACAGUUUAACGAUUUUUCCACAAUGACACGGCCUUUUGUCUUUAGCUGUUUUGGUCUCUCUAUAUAUGCAAGUCAAACAAGCAAACUGAAUCAGCAUUGCCACAAUUGUUUGCUUAAAAGAAAAGAAGCUUUUUCUUUUGCCAUAAAAGGCCUGCAAGGCAAACUUCUUCUGAUAUUCUUGAAAUUGUGAGAAGUUUUGAUUUUCUUCUGAUUUUGAGAAUUUCUAUAACGACCCCAUCUGGGUUUUGUUUGGAUUCCUUGACAGAUUCACCAAAAGCAGAAAAAAAAAGGAGCGAGAAGAAUGUCACAGGUCUGGCGGACUGAAGAAAGCAGCAAGCCUGGAUCAGAGGAAGGAAACUGUUCUAGUUACGAGGGGUUGGCUGUUUUGCGCUCAAAGAGGUUGGAAGAACUUGAGGAUAUGGUGAAUCAGAAAUUCAACAAUAUAAGAAACCUUCAGGAGCAAGGAUUCGAGGAGAUGAAUCAAAGAAUUCUUGCUAUUGGUCAAAGAAUAGAUAAACAUGAAGUGGCUGUGGAGAAGCUUUUGGUUAGUAGUAGGAGUAAUCUUGAGAAGACAAUACAGGACACCAAACAAAGAUGCAUGAAGUUAAAAUUCAACAGCAAUAUCUCCGUUCCUAUUCUAACUGGAGAGCAAAUCAAAGGAGAAGGAGGUAACAAUUUGCAACUUUCUCUGAUUGAUAAUUGUACAGGAGCAGUUGUUGACUUUGGACGAGAAGCCUCUGCUAAAGUGGAAAUAGUUGCUCUCAAGGGAGAUGAUAAAGGAGAUGCUUGGACAGCUGAACAGUUUCAAAGUAAAAUUGCUCGAGACAGGAGAGGAAAACAAUCUGUUCUCGCAGGAAAUUUGCAACUGGAAUUGAAUAAAGGAAUUGUGUCUUUGUCUGAUGUUAUGUUUAAAAGUUCUCAACACUAUAACGGCGGCACCUUCAAGCUAGGGGCUUGGGUUGUUGAUACUUUUGAUGGCAGUCGAGUAAAAGAAGCGAAGACAAAUUCUUUCAAAGUCCAUGACUAUCGCAUUAAAUAUAACCAGAAGCAUUACCCCCCAUCUCCAUCUGAUGAGGUUUGGCGGUUAGUGAACAUUGCGAAAAAUGGUGCUACCCAUAAACGUCUGAAGAGGGAAAAGGUGAACUAUGUGAAGGAUUUCCUGACUCGACUCUCAAAAGACCCGCAAGAGCUCAAACGCCUAGUACGUCUACCUGAACCGAAGUGGGAGGCCACAGUGAGACACGCUAAAACAUGCAAACCUGAUAAUAUAGUUGGACAGGUUCCUGCCCCUGCACCAGGUGAUGCUUGCAAUAUGUUAGUAGCAUCUGUACAUCAAGACAAAGGAAUCCCUUUUGAUGGUAAUAUCAUGCCAUCCAUGGAUUCACCUGGGGUUUUAACCGGCCUGGAUGUAUCUGACUUUCCCAUUGUGGACUCUAUGGAGAUUAUAUUUGACCACCCAUUGAACAUUCCUGGCCAAGUCACGAACAACAUGAUAUGUGACAUAGACUCCAUGACUCCAGCUUUCUACGAAGAUGAGCACCUACAAUUUGUUGAUUCUUCAAGUUUGGGGCCAUCCACUGGUCUGCAUACUGCUGUUAGUGGCUUUCUGAGGCAUCCGCCUCGUAAUGGUCGGAGGAGAUGGAACAUGCUAUUCAGUGUCUGGAGAUGGUCUUCUUCUAUAAUAAAGUUGGUCGCAAGAAAAUCUAAGGCGAAAGAAGUAAAAGGAUACCGUUAACAGCAACUGUUUGGUUGGCGUUACAAAUGCAAUUCCAGUUAUUAGCUAUGGUGUAAUUUCUUUUUUAUAGAUUCUAAGUAUUACUUUGAUGUUUUUGUGUACCCUUUUUGUGAUGUGGGUGUUCUCUUUGAUGUUAUUUGAGUUAAAAUUUUCAAUUUUUUUAAUUAAUUCAUUGCUCUCCUUCAUUUGACUUUA